AUGGCCAUGUUCGUUUACGGGCUCCACGACUUCAGCCCCGAAAACCCGGACGAGGUUUCCUUCAAAGUCGGAGACCAAAUUGAGGUCAUUGAGCGGGAUGACCUGUACGGUGAUGGCUGGUGGAAGGGUCGCAACCCUCAAGGUGAAGAAGGAUUGUUUCCACAAAGCUACACCUCUCUCUCCCCUCCCGUGUCGUCCUCUGUAGCUUUUCCGGACAACGGCGACGAUCCUUCUCUGGCCGACGGUGCUUCCGCCGGCAACCUGGGCAUGCUCAAGGAGGUCUCAGAAACCACGUCAAGACAAAGCCCCACCCCCAGUGAACGUGAACGCAAGCUCAGCCAGGGCGACGUCAUGAUGCGCGCAACCAUGACCGAUGUCCAGAAAGCUAUUGAACAACUCGGGCGCAACGAUCGUGAUGGUGCGCGCUCCUUCAGCUUCCGCAGCUCGCACGGAGAUUACAGCGAGCGCUCGGAGACGGAAACGGAGGACGAGGGCGACGCGGACGAAGAGGACGACGUGGGUUGGCACAAGGACGCACGCGCGAAGCUUGCACAGCGCGCGCAGAGGGAGAACGAGCAACGUCAGGCGCGCGAGGCCAAGGAGGCACCGCAUCCCAUGAUACCCCCCAUCGACGUUGAAGUCAGCGACGAAAGCGAUGGUGACGAGGACUCUCCUCUGAACUCACACAGGCAACAUCGCUAUUCCCGUAUUCCUGAAGAGGACGAAGAGUCGGAGGCGAGCCCGACGAAGAACGGCCACAGCCACGGAUACUCUCGCGUUCCGGCGGAGGACGAAAAAUCCGACGUCAAUCCUGUGAAGACCGUUCAUCCAAAUUCUGCACCGACGCCGUCCUCCAGCGACAGCAUCAUUCCAUCGGCGAAGUAUAUCGUUCCAGAUGAGUCGGACUUGCCUACGGCCACUCGGCUUACCUUCCCGGACACACCUCCCUCUCCUGCCGACACUUCGCCUGCUGUCGAGAUACCCCCUGUCGAGAUUACCGGACCCACUCCCGCAGAGGCCCCGGCUACCAGCCAAGCCCCCGCUAUUCAGACCAUCUCCCCCGCCGUGGCCGCCAUCUCCGAGCUUGAAUCCACAAGAGAGCCUCCUACAGCGCCGCCUCCCAUCGUCACGUCAUCGUUGUCUGUCCAUCCUGUUCCUCCUAGUGCCAGUCCAGCCACCGAGUCCGUCAGGUCCAUUUUGACAGAGAGCCCAGGUCAAAUAACGCCUGCAGCGGCGCCCACACCAAGCGCCACCCAGCCGGUCGAGCCCUUACCCAUUGCUGCCCUGGUGUCUGUCCUUCCCUCUCCAACCACCUCUUCCCCAGGUUCCGCUGCGGCGAGUAGCACGUCAGGUAUUCAACAAGCACUCAGUCCCGACACUACCGUUGGCUCCAUGAAAGCCAGCGCCACACCAUCCGAGACCGCCACGGAAGCUUCAAAGGGUCCCCAGGGACAUCCUUCCGAGUGGGAUGUGCACGAGGUCGUGGAGUGGCUGAAGUCGAAGGGCUUCGACCAGGGUGUAUGCGACCAAUUCACUGAGCAGGAAAUCACUGGCGACGUGCUCCUCGAACUCGACGCCAACGUCCUGAAGUCUGAGAUUGGCAUUGUAGCAUAUGGCAAGCGCGCCCGCAUUGAAAAGGCCAUCAACGAACUCCGUCGCCCGCCCUCCGUCAACGAAGUCGAGCCGGUGCAGAGCAUGCCUACGCCACGUUCGCUCACCUACUCGUUCAACUAUCCCGGUUCACACCACUCUCAGCCGUCGCACUCACAAACGCACUCCGUGCAAAGCUCCGCGCACCACAGCUUCUCCUCGCCCAUGUUCGGCCCGUCGUCGCCAUCCGCGAACGGGCUCCCGUCGGCCGGUCUCGCGUCGGUCACGAGUGCCGACAGCGCACCUCUCUCCGCCGAGCUCUCAGGGUCUCGGAGCGGGUGGCGGGCAUCCGAUCCCGGGUCCAUCCACAACGGCGUCAGUGGCCCUGAUGACUACGCUCGCGGACGCGGCUUGGGUCUCGGUCUAGGAUUGCCAAGCGGCAAGGCUCCGAAGUCACGCCCUCCGCAGCUCGCGCUCUCGCCGUCCGAUGGUGCCCUGGGUGAGACGGCCGCAACUGCGGUGAACGGGGGCCCCGCGUCCCCCGCGGUGGCGCAGGACGAGCGUGCCGUGAUGAGCGAGUCGGAGAGCGUGAGGACGAAGGACACAAAGUCGCAGAAACGCCGUCUGUUCGGGCGGUCCGCGGACUCGACAUCCACGUCGCUCAAGGAGAAAGAGAAGGACACGGCGAGCAACCACUCGAGCGGCACCCCGGUCACGCCGUCCCCGUCGGCGUCACCGCACGACGAGCAGAACCCCGUCCGGCGUCGGAGCAAGGGCAAGAGCGUGGACGACCGCAAGGGCGACCGGCUGUCGCUCUUUGGAUCCUCCUUCUCGGGAACGCUGGGCAAGUCCAACCGGAAGCCCGCGCCCAGGUUGUCAUCCGUCGACACGGAGAAGCACACGAUGGGCACGUUCUCGCGCCUGCGCGAGAAGCGGUCGUCCUCUCGUCCGGGCACAUCGGACGGGACGUUCAAGCCCGAGAAGAGCAAGUCGAAGACGAAGGAGAAGGAGAAAGAGAAGGAAGAGCUGACGGAGAAGCAGCCUCGUGACCGCUCUGUGUCGCUCUCGCCGUCCAAGGAGCGCGACCCAGCGCUGUUGCGCAAACGCACCGCUUCGUCGUCGAACAUCGCUUCGCAGGCGAAUCUCUCUGCCAGCGCUGUCGCCAUGGGCGUGGCGGGUCCCACCCUCAAGGCCGGUCAGAGCAUCCUUGAACAGAUUGGAGAACCCGAUCAUAAUGGAUGGAUGCGUAAGAAGAGCGAGCGGUAUAACUCGUGGAAGCUCCGCUACUUCGUGCUCAAGGGCUCGCACCUCUAUUGGCUGCGAAGCAACAACCGAUCGGAAACGAAGAUCAAGGGCUACCUGAACAUCGUGGGCUACAAGGUGCUCGCAGAUGAGAACGUCGACCCUGGCCGGUACGGGUUCCGGAUCGUGCACGACACGGAGAAGGCGCACCUGUUCAGCUCGGACGAGCAGCUCAUCGUGCGCGAGUGGAUGAAGGCGCUCAUGAAGGCGACCAUCACACGCGACUUCACGAACCCCGUCAUGUCCUCGUGCAAUAUUCCCACCAUCCCCCUGACCGUGGCGCAGGCGAUGAACCCGGCGCCCCGGCCGCCUUCGCCCACCGCGCGCGACGCCACCCAGAAGGCACUGCGGCGAGAGAACCCUCAUCAGCUGUCGAGUCGAGAUGCGCAGGUGCUGCUGAUGGGGAUGCCGAGCAAGAACCAGAACGGCGGGGAGCGCGCCCGCCUCGAGUCGUUCUUCACGAACGACACCGCGUCGACGAACGAGCCUGGGUCGCCGGUGACGUCGAGGGCUGGCCCGAAAGCCUCCGCGCCGCCGCGGCCGUCGAGGGAGCUGCGGCGUCUGAGCACGCAGACGACGCAAGGCCCCGGAGAUUAUGCGGCCGUGGACGGGUCCCUGAUCGAGUGGGCGAACAGCCACCUGCCGGCGAGCCUCAAGAUCGUGGACACGGCGGGGGCGCUCUGCGGCGGCCUGGCGCUGCUGCGGCUCGCGGAGGACAUCCGGGGGAAGCCGUCGUCGCCGCCGGUGCCGGACGCGGCCUUCCCGUCCGGGGCGCACGACGACCGGCUGGACGGCCUCUUCCGGCUGUUCGACUACCUGCUCGACAACGACGUGAAGAUGGGCUCGGUGAGCAUCAACGACAUCCGGCAGGGCAAGCGCGACAAGAUCGUGCAGCUGCUCCGCGCGCUCAAGGCGUGGGAGGACCGGCGGACGGCGAUCGCGAACUCGCUCGGGAAGGGCGCCGUCGCCGCGGGCCCGUUCAUGGGCAUGAGCGGCAGCCUGGACAUGUACCGGCCGUCGUUGUGA